AUGCGUCUCCUUCACUCGUUUAUCACACUCUCGUUUGCAUCUCUCUCCGUCUCAGCCCUCGGGCUCAGCGACGAUACCGUAGCCAAGGUCAAGGACAAGAUGCUCAACAUUAUCCACUACAGCUGGGAGAACGGAACCGCCACAGAGGCCUUGCUCGAACUCGACGAACCGGAUGUCUCCGUCUAUGGCAAGAAACCCUUUCCUCCUCCCCGCGUCUUGUCUGCCGACUCGCCCGUGAUCAAGAUUGCCCAAUAUGCCCUUGCCGGGAGAGUUCCUGGUAAGAAACCCAUCAUGGAUGGCGAUGGAGCGUCCGGUGAUCCUGCCAGUAUGGGUGUUGCCGUCUUGCUUGCCAAUAGCACCCUACAAGACCCAACCUACUUCCGGGCCGCGGCGGAUCAGCUCGACUUCCUUCUCAACGACGUGCCCCGCGCGCCCAACGGUGCCAUUUCCCAUCGAGAGAGCGAGGUUCAGCCGUGGAACGACUUUGUGUACAUGGCUCCUCCAUUCAUCUCAUAUUAUGGAGCGCUUACCGGUAAUAUUACCCUUGUCAAAGAAGGCAAGAGGCAGAUUGGACUCUAUCGCGAAAUCUUAAAGGAUACGAAUGGCACCUGCUUGUGGCACCAUGUCAUGAUGGGCUCAUGGCAAGAUCCGUCAUUCUGGGGAACUGGUAUGGCAUGGGUUGCGGCCGGAGCGACGCGGACGCUACAGACAAUGGCCAAAUCCCAGUUUGCGUUCCAGCUUAUUCCAGACAUGUGGGAACUAGCUGGUUGGACGGAAACCAGACGGAUCUCUCCCAACCACGCCAACCUCCCUGACGACUUUUCCGACGCAGCAUGGACGGCGCUGCUUGCCUCUGCCACGUACCGUUUGGCCGUACAGACGGGCAACGAGCAAUGGAUUCACAACGCAGAAAAGGCGUUCAAGUGGGUUGAGACGCAGAUUGCUGAUGAUGGCACCCUCAAGAGCGUCGUCAACCCACUCAGCUGGUGGGAGCUCGGCGCGCAGAGUCCCGAAGGACAGGCUUUCGUCCUCCUACUCCAGGCUGCCUACAGGGACUUUUGCAAAUAUAAGCAAACCUGGGCUGCCCCGACACUCUUGAGCAUUGGAUGGUCACAUUAG